CUGGUCGGUUAUAUUCUGUUUAGCAGAUCUCAGAUUUUAGAUGCGUGGAUUCUAGGCGUAACUAUCUCUUCCGAGCAACUGGUUUCCAUCCAAUGGAAGAAUGUGAAGGUAGAAACAAAGAGUGGUCGUCAGAUACUGCAAGAUGUCAGCGGAAUCGCUGUUCCUAGAGAAAUGAUUGCCCUCAUGGGUGCCAGUGGAACAGGCAAAACAACUUUGUUGAAUACACUUUUGCAACGGAAUCUCGGCGGUCUAAGCGUUGAAGGCACGGUGUUGGUAAAUGGACAAAAUAUUGGGAGAGGAGUGACCAAUGUAUCGGCCUACGUGCAACAGGAAGAUCUGUUUGUAGGCACCCUCACGGUAACGACAUCUCUGAGGUUUCCUAUAGACUAG